AUGUCGGAUUCAACAACAACGACAGAUGGAAGCCAAAAAAGUUUGAAUAUGUCCGAUUCUACAAGUGUAUCUCAAACAUCGUUACCCGCGGAACAACAAUCACAGCAGCAACAACAGCUACCGCCCCCACAGAGACAGCAAUCAGCGAAAAUAAACCGUUCUGCAAUUUUACUAAAUGGACCUAGUAUGAAAGAUCAAUCAUCAUCAUCAUCGUUUCAUAUUUCUAUGGAAGAUCGCGAAAAAUACCGAUCACCAUUAAAUUCCAGAUAUGCAUCUGCUGAAAUGAGUUAUAAUUUUAGUGAGAUUAAAAAAUUUUCUACUUGGAGGCGUCUUUGGUUUUGGUUAGCGAAAUGCCAAAAACAACUUGGUUUGGAUAUCACAGAUGAACAGUUAGAGGAACUCGAGCGAAAUAUAACAAAUAUUGAUUUUGAUAUUGCUGAAGCUGAAGAACGACGACGGCGACAUGAUGUGAUGGCACAUGUUCAUACAUAUUCACGUUGUUGUCCCAAAGCGUCACCAAUAAUUCAUCUCGGUGCAACAUCGGCCUAUGUUGGUGAUAAUGCUGAUUUAAUCGUUAUGAGAGAUGCAUUCGAUAUACUUAUCGUUAAACUUGUACGUUGUAUUCAACGUUUCACUCAAUUUGCACAAGAAUAUGCCAGUUUACCGACACUUGGUUAUACACAUAUGCAACCAGCACAAUUAACAACGGUGGGCAAGAGAGCAUGUAUUUGGAUUCAAGAUUUAUUAAUGGAUUUAAAAAAUUUCGAUCGUAUAAAACGCCAAUUAAAAUUUCGCGGCGUAAAAGGUACAACCGGUACUCAAGCAUCUUUUCUUCAAUUAUUUAACGGUGAUCAUUCAAAAGUUGAAGAUCUUGAUCGUAUGGUAACAGAGAUGGCUGGCUUUUCAAAAGCUUUUAUAAUUUGUGGUCAGACUUACACGCGUAAACUCGAUGUUGAAGUAGUCAGUGUACUUGCCAGUUUUGGUGGUUCAAUUCAUAAGAUGUGUACUGACAUUCGUUUAUUAGCUAGUUUAAAAGAAAUCGAAGAACCAUUUGAAAUUGAACAACUUGGAUCGAGUGUUAUGCCAUAUAAACGUAAUCCAAUGAGAUGUGAACGAUGUUGUUCACUUGCACGACAUUUAAUGACAUUGAUUAAUGAUCCACUUGGUACACACUCAGUUCAAUGGAUGGAACGAACACUAGACGAUAGUGCUAAUAAACGUAUUUGCAUUCCUGAAGCUUUUCUAACUGCGGAUAUUAUUUUAUUUACGUUACAAAAUAUUUCUGAAGGUCUUGUUGUUUAUCCGAAAGUCAUUGACAAACAUAUCAAACAGGAAUUACCAUUUAUGGCUACUGAAAAUAUUAUCAUGGCAAUGGUUUCUGCUGGUGGUAACCGACAAGAAUGUCAUGAAAAAAUUCGUACUCUGUCACAAAAAUCAGCUGAACGUGUUAAACUUGAUGGUUUAGAUAAUGAUCUUGUUGAUCGAGUAAAAAACGAUCCGUAUUUUGCACCCAUAAUCAACAAGCUUGAUGUAAUACUCGAUGCUAAAACAUUCAUCGGACGCGCACCCGAACAAGUUUUCGAAUUUAUCUUGCGUGAAGUUGAACCAACUUUAAAAAAUUUUCUAAUCCCAAUUACACCGAAACUCAUUGAUUAA